AUCGCUGUCAACACCAUCCAAAGGUUCUUCUUAUCUGAUUCCUUAUCGUUGUCUUGGAUAAUCCCUGCUACUGACCUGGCUAUUACUCUUAGCUCACUCACAAGUUCACCACUAUAAUCCUCUUCUCUACUUGCUAUCAAAUAGAUAAUCCAACGUGUCUGCCUAUCGGCUAAGAUUCCGCCUUCUUUUGCAUUCUCUAGCAAAAACGUCAUCAAUGUUAAAGCCGAUAUCAUAGUUAGUGACUUCAUUAUUGACAACUUUGGCUCUCUAUUGAGUUCAUUUAUGUAGUUUAGCCACCCUCCCUUGUCUUUCUUCCCCGGAAAUGGCAUAUAACCUUCUGGUAACUCACUCAAAGGUGGUACAUUCACGCUAUUCAGUUGUUUACGUAGGUUCUUGAAAUUAGCUGUAAAACUAAUACGCCACUCCCUAGAUGGCUCUUGUAUGUCUGAUGUAUCCCUCUGCUUUCCCUUCUCGGUGGAUGUAUUACACACUACUUCAUAGGGGUUAUCAACGCGCUUGUGGUUGGGUAUAGUAGAAGCUUCUCGUCUCACAGUGAAGAGAUACUGUGCACCAUCUUCGACAUCGCCAGAGAAAUCACUAGGGAGGUUAGCUACAGGUAAUACCUGUGCACCCAAAUGAUUAUCAUCCUCAUAUGACAUUAUCUACAAAUGCGAUCUUUUAUCGUUUAGUUAUUCGCUAUUUCCGAAAUUGACUGUCAGUGGAAAGACGUCUUCUUUUCAAACAAUCAUGUUCUCUAUCAGAAAUUUUAGACUGAUAAACAACCGCAGGUCAUUAUCGACAGCUGCGUCAGGAUACAUAAAGCCAACACAUCCAGACAACCCGCAACCUAAGGAAGUAAUCGAUAAACUCAACAGAUAUGCAAACAGCGUUGUAAAUACAUACGCUCGUCCACCUGUUAUAUUCACUCACGGAAAGGGUUUGAAACUUUAUGACUCACAGGAUAGAGAAUACCUUGAUAUGAGCGCAGGUAUUGCUGUAAAUGGCUUGGGUCAUGCUGAUGAUGGUGUAUCAAAAGUACUCGCAGAUCAAUCAUCUAAGUUGGUUCAUAAUUCUAACCUCUAUCACAAUGAAUGGUCAGGCGAACUUGCGCACUUGUUGACAACACUCACAAAGCAACAUGGUGGUCUUGGAUACGUGAAGGGUUCCUCCACAGAAGGUGCAGGUUUGAAAGCCUUCUUCGCCAAUUCUGGUACAGAAGCUAAUGAGGGUGCAUUGAAAUUUGCCAGAGUGAGCGGAAAGCAACACUCAGCAGACAAAGUUGAGCUUGUUUGCUUCAAUAAUGCUUUCCACGGAAGGAGUAUGGGUGGUUUAUCUGUCACUUCUAACCCAAAAUAUCAAGAUCCAUUUGCACCACUCAUUCCAGGUGUUAAAGUCGGCAAUGUUAAUGAUGUUCCAGCACUCACUGAGCUUGUCACUGAGAAGACCUGUGGUGUAAUCAUAGAACCUAUUCAAGGUGAAGGUGGUAUCCACAAUGUCGAUCUUGAUUUCUUAAUUGCAUUAAGAAAGCGUUGUGAUGAAGUUGGCGCUGUACUCAUCUAUGAUGAAAUUCAAUGUGGAUUGUUUAGAAGUACCAACAUGUGGGCACACUCAGAUUUCCCUGUAGAGGCACACCCAGAUUUGAUAACCAUGGCCAAACCACUUGCAAAUGGUUUCCCAAUUGGUGCAAUCCUCAUGCGUGACUCAGUUGCAAACAACGUUUCACCAGGUUCACAUGGAACAACAUUCGGUGGAUCACCAUUAUCUACUGCAGUUGCACACCACGUUCUCACCCGUUUAUCACAACUUCCUGAUAUGAAAUCACGUGCAGAAUUGCUCAAAGAGCGUUUGAAUCAACUUGCCGCUGCAUACCCAGAUCUGAUCAAAUCUGAAGUACGCGGACGCGGUUUCCUCCUGGGUGUACCAUUCAAAGAUACCGCUCAUCCAGGUAAAGCUCUCUCACUCGCCCGUGAACGCGGUUUGCUCAUCUUGGUCGCUGGUUCAGACGCUGUUAGAAUAGUACCAAGUUUGACGAUCUCAGAGGAAGAAAUCAACAAAGCUUGCGAUAUAUUUGAAGCUGUUUUGGAAGUACUCAGGAAAGAGUAAAUGUAUAAUAUAGAAAUUUUUU